ACGCACCUGGUUCUGAUCCUGGUUCUGGUACCAGACUCGCCGCUCAAGACAACAUGCCGACCGAUGCCCAGAGCGAUGCCCGCUCCUUCCUGAGUGAGGAGAUGAUCACGGAGUUCCAGGCGGCCUUCAACAUGUUUGACUCGGACGGCGGCGGCGACAUCAGCACCAAGGAGCUGGGUCAGGUGAUGAGGAUGUUGGGUCAGAACCCGACCCGAGAGGAGCUGGACGCCAUCAUUGAGGAGGUGGAUGAGGAUGGCAGCGGGACCAUCGACUUCGAGGAGUUCCUGGUCAUGAUGGUGCAGCAGUUGAAGGAGGACCAGGCGGGGAAGAGCGAGGAAGAACUCUCCGAGAUCUUCCGCAUCUUUGACAAAAACGGUGACGGCUUCAUCGACCGCGAGGAGUUCGGAGACAUCAUCCACCGGACCGGGGAGCCGCUGGUCGAGGAGGACAUCGACGAGAUGAUGGCCGAUUCGGACGCCAACAAGGACGGGCGGCUGGACUUUGACGAGUUCCUGAGGAUGAUGGAGAACGUCCAGGAGCGUUAGAGAAGGGCGAGAGAGAGACGUAGCUCUCCUCCGCCCGCGACCACGCCCGCGACCACGCCCGCGACCACGCCCGCUCCGUCACGCUGUCGGACCACAGAGGACAUUCCUCCUCUGCCGACUCCACCCCCGUGAAUAUUCAACGCUUCGCCUCCAGAAGAGAGGAAGUGCUGAAGCUCACACCCUCAAGACCCCCCCCCCCCCCCUCCCCUCAACGUCCCCCCCAUCUG